UUCUAAGUGAGGCACAAAACUUCAGUGACCAUAUACGUAAUUGAGCCCACUCUACUUUAGUGACCAUAUAUGGAAGGACCGGCGGAAAACAGAGAAUCAACUGAUCCAUAGCUAAUAUUCGGAUAUGGUCUCCAGCAGUCAACAGCUCCAGAUCUCCGAGUCCUCCGUGUCCAACGGCAGCGGCACGACAUCGUCGGAGAAUCAGCAGCAGCUGCACAAGCUGGCGGCGGAGGUGCCGAAGAAGCGGACUGGGAGGAGAGUCUUCAGCGAGACGCGCCACCCGGUGUACAGAGGCGUGCGGAGCCGGAAAGGCGGCAAGUGGGUCUGCGAGCUCCGCGAGCCCAACACCGGGACACGUGUCUGGCUCGGAACUCACGCCACCCCGGAAAUGGCGGCCCGAGCUCACGACGUGGCGGCACUGGCGUACCGCGGGAAGUCCGCCUGUCUCAACUUCGCCGACUCCGCCUGGCGCCUCCCCGUUCCUGCCUCCGCCGAUCAAGACGACAUCAGGAGGGUGGCGGCGGAGGCCGCUGAGAUGUUCCGCCCCGGCGGAACUGCCACGGUGCCGGAACAGGAACAGGAAGAGGAAUGUAAGGACAAUGGUGAUGAUCGCAGCAACGACACUAAUAUUGUAUUGGGUAACGUGGAGGCCGAGGAGGAGGAGGAGCUGGAGAUGCCGAGGUUGCUGUCGGAAAUGGCGGAAGGGCCGCUGCUGUCUCCGCCGCCGAGCUAUGGAUAUGGAGCCGGGCGGGGCGGCGUGGAGGAGAGCUGCGACUGCGAGGGUAAUGGUGGGUACGAUUGGACGUUGUGGAAUCAUUAGUUACGGCUACGGCUACUACUGUUCGGUGUUGAGGAUGUUUGUUUGUUUGUUUACUACUCAAAGUUGCGAGUUGCUGCGAGUGUGAUAUUUAUACGUAAUGAGUGGGUAGUGGUCAGAGAUUCUGAGCCAAGUGAUGGGAACCAAAUAUUGUCGUUUUCCUGUUUGUUGUUUCUGGGAAAUGGCUACUUAAUUGUUGUGCUCAUGAUACAUAUGUCUCGUUAAUUAUGACUUAUGUACGUGGUCUUCUUUUUCACAUUGAGGUCGGCAUAUUUGUAUCCUUUGUUUUUAUGUUGAUUUAUUUCUGAUACUUUGAAGUUCUAAUUAACAAUAUUAGAGUAU